AUGUCAACACCACUCUCGAGGACACUGUCCUCUCACAGCAAACACGACGACCGACACUCCGACUCAACAGCCGAUACACCAACUGAACAACCUCAGCAUGAUAUCACCCAACAGAUCAGCCAUCUCGCCCGUCAACUGUCCCGCGUGUCUACAACAGCCGGCACCGAACUUCACGCCUUCUCACCCCAGCCCGGCACAAAGCUAGACCCCAACUCACCAACCUUUGAUCCAAGAGCUUGGGUAAAAGCUUUUGUGAGACUAGUCGAGUCUGACGCUGGAGCAGCGCCGCCGCGAAGUUUAGGCGUGGCGUUUAAGAACUUGAAUGUUUACGGCUGGGGUACUGGGGCGGAACAUCAGAAGACUCUUGUUGAUUAUCCUAUUGAUGUUGUCAAGUAUCUUGCUGGUUUGGUGGGCGGCGUGAAGAAGAGAAGGGUUGAUAUUCUGAGAGACUUUGAAGGUGUUGUUGAAGAGGGGGAGUUGCUACUUGUCCUUGGACCGCCGGGUUCAGGAUGUUCAACGCUUUUGAAGACUAUUGCCGGUGAGACAGCUGGUCUCGAAGUCGGACCUGAUUCCUACAUGAACUUCCGAGGUAUCGACGAGAAGAGCAUCCGUCGUUCAUUCCGUGGCGACGUCCUCUACAACGCCGAAAUCGACUGCCAUCUCGCCCAUCUCACCGUCGGCGAGACCCUCUCCUUCGCCUCAUCCGCCCACUCACCGCGACACGUCCCCGGCGGUGUAACUCGCUCUCAAGCCGACACCAUGAUGCGCGAUGUCAUGAUGGCCAUCUUUGGCAUAAGCCACACAGUCGACACUCGCGUCGGUAGCGAUUUCGUGCGUGGUGUGAGCGGUGGUGAGCGGAAGCGCGUUAGUAUCGCUGAGGCUGCGCUUACAGGGGCGAAGUUGCAGUGCUGGGAUAACACGACAAGAGGACUGGACAGUGGGAAUGCGAUUAACUUUUGUAGGAAUCUGAGAUUGCAGGCUGAUCUGGUUGGUGUUGCUGCGGCGGUGGCGAUUUAUCAGGCGCCGCAGUCUGCAUACGAUUUGUUUGAUCGUGUUACGGUGUUGUAUGAAGGCCAUCAGAUCUUCUUUGGCCGCAUCAACGAAGCGAAGCAGUACUUUGAGAACCUCGGCUUCGAGUGUACGACCCCUACUCCUCCCCGUAUCUCAAGCCUAGCUGACCAUCAAGGCCCCGAUCGUCAAACAACGCCCGACUUCCUCACUUCAAUGACCUCCCCCCAAGAACGCCGCGUAAAACCCGCCUUCAUCUCCACCGCGCCCCGAACCCCCCAAGAAUUCGCCUCCCGCUGGCUAUCCAGCCCCCAGCGCAAAGCCCUCCUCCACGAAAUAACCGCCUACGAAGCAAACCACCCUCCCUCCCAACGUCUCGAAGAAUACAAAUCCUCGCGCCGCGCCGAACAGUUCAAGAACCAGCGCGCCAAGUCUCCUUAUACCAUCUCGUACGCUGCACAGGUGAAACUUACCCUUUGGAGAGGAUGGAGGCGGCUGUUGGCUGAUCCGGGGUUUACGAUUGCGAGUUUGGUGUUUAACCUUAUUAUGGCGGUUGUUUUGGGGACGAUGUUUUAUGAUUUGAAGGAUGAUAGUUCGAGUUUUUACUAUCGUGGGGGAUUGAUCUUUUUUGCGUUGUUGUUUAAUGCUUUUGCGAGUCAGCUUGAGGUCCUCACUGUCUAUGCUGAACGGCCUGUUGUUGAGAAGCAUAACCGCUAUGCGUUCUACCAUCAAUCAGCCCAGGCCAUCGCAAGUUACAUCAUCGACCUCCCCUACAAAACCGUCAACAUGAUCAUCUUCAACUUGCUCAUCUACUUCAUGGCCCAUCUCCGCCGCGACGCAGGCCACUUCUUCUUCUUCUGUCUUACCUCGUACCUCACCACGCUCGUCAUGUCGUGUAUCUACCGCACCCUCGCAUGCGUCACCCGCACGACCCAUCAAGCCAUGAUUCCCGUGUCGAUUCUGAGUCUGGGACUUAUGAUUUACACGGGCUUCACUAUGCCGACGGAUUACAUGCUUGGAUGGUCGAGAUGGAUGAACUACAUCAAUCCUCUGGCUUAUGCCUUUGAGGCGUUGAUGGCGAGUGAGUUCCAUAAUCGGAAGUUUGCCUGUGCGGGUAUGGUUCCUCAGGGGCCGGGGUAUGAUGACCUUCCCGCCGAUUCUCGUAUUUGCUCUGUUGUUGGUGCCGAGCCUGGAUCGUCCGUGGUCGAUGGCGAUAGGUAUAUUAACAUGUCCUUCAAGUACUACAACUCCAACAAAUGGCGCAACAUCGGUAUCCUUCUUGGCUUCCUCUUCGGCUUCCUCAUCCUGUACAUUAUCGCAGCGGAGCACGCCAAGCCUCCCAGGAACAAGGGCGAGGUUCUGGUCUUCCGCAAGGGCCGUAUGCCUUCCAACUUUGAGAAGGACCACGGCGAUAUCGAGACUCAAGCGACUGAUCGACCUGUCGUCGCUGAAAAGGCCAACAACAACCCUUCCAGCGGACUCACUGCUGGUGCUUCUGUGUUUCACUGGGAAGAUCUCUGCUACGAUAUCCAGAUCAAGGGUAAGGACCGCCGAUUACUGGAUCACGUUGACGGAUGGGUCAAGCCCGGCAAAUCAACAGCUUUGAUGGGCGUGUCUGGUGCUGGCAAAACAACCCUUCUCGACGUCCUAGCAACCCGCGUAACAAUGGGCAUCGUAUCCGGAAACACCCACAUCGACGGCCUCGCAACCGACUCCUCCUUCCAACACCGCGUCGGCUACGUCCAGCAACAGGACCUCCACCUCACAACAAUGACGGUCCGCGAAGCCCUCGAGUUCAGCGCCCUCCUCCGCCAAUCCGCCGAGAUCUCCCGUGCUGAGAAACUCGCCUAUGUAGAGCACGUCAUCGACAUGUUGGACAUGCAGGAGUUUUCAGAUGCUGUCAUCGGAACGCCGGGCGAGGGGUUGAACGUUGAGCAGAGGAAGAGAUUAACGAUUGGUGUUGAGUUAGCGGCGAGACCGCAGUUGUUGGUGUUUUUGGAUGAGCCGACUAGUGGAUUGGAUUCACAGACUAGUUGGGCGAUUUGCGAUCUUAUUGAGAAGCUUACGGCUAGUGGACAAGCGGUUUUGUGUACGAUCCAUCAGCCUUCUGCGAUGUUGUUCCAGAGAUUCGACCGCCUGUUACUCCUCGCACCCGGUGGAAAGACAGUUUACUUCGGCGAUCUCGGCGAGCAAUGCCAAACCCUUCUCAACUACUUCGAACGUAACGGCGCACCCCCUUGUCCAGAAGACGCCAACCCCGCAGAGUACAUGCUCGAGAUCAUCAAGCCCUCCAACGAUGAAGAAGCCGAGAAGAUCGACUGGCACCAGAUCUGGAGAGAUUCACCCGAGUUCCAAGAAGUCAAGCAGGAGCUUUCACGUCUUAACUCUCUACCUGCUACACGAGGAUCAGCCGCAACUGCCUUGGAGAACGGUGAUGCGUCGCAGCAUAAGGAGUUUGUGGCGUCGUUCUCGACGCAGUUUCGGGAGGUGUUGAUCAGGACUUGGAAGCAUUUCUGGAGAUCGCCUACUUAUAUCUGGUCCAAGAUCGCACUGAUCGUUUUAUCGUCACUUUAUAUCGGAUUCACGUUUGAAGCCAAGAACACCAUCCAGGGCUUGCAGAACCAGCUUUACGCCAUCUUUAUGUACAUGGUUCUCUUCCAGAGUCUCAGCGAUCAGAUCAUGCCCAUGUUUCUACCUCAGCGCGACCUAUACGAAGUCCGCGAGCGACCUUCCAAGAUCUACCGCUGGAACACCUACAUCUUGUCCAACAUCAUCGUAGAAGCAGCUUGGAACACCUUGAUGGCUGUCCUCAUCUACUUCACCUGGUACUACCCCGUCGGCUUCGUCCGCAACACUACAUCCGACGACCAAGCCAUCCGAGGCUUCCUUGUCUUCUUGUACCUCUGGAUGUUCAUGCUCUUCACCAGCACUUUCUCCCACGCAGCCAUCGUUUGUAUCGCCACCGCCGAAGAAGCUGGUGUCAUCGCGACUUUGCUGUGGAUGCUUUCCAUCUCGUUCUGCGGUGUUGGCGUCGCUUACAAGGACAUCCCCAAGUUCUGGACCUUCAUGUAUCGUGUCUCUCCAGCGACUUACAUCGUCGGCGGUAUCAUGUCAACUUGUGUCUGGGGCUCCAACGUCAAGUGUGCAGACAAUGAGGUUCUGCAGAUGGCUGUUCCUGGCAACAUGACCUGCGGCGACUACAUGGGCCCUUUCAUCAAGGCAGCUGGUGGUUAUCUUCUUGAUCGCUCAUCCACUGAUGUCUGCAAGUACUGCUCGCUUGCUACGACGGAUGAGUUUCUGCAUCGGUUCAACAUUAACUAUGAUGAUCGAUGGUGGCACUUUGGACUUCUUUGGGUGUACAUUUUUGUUAACUGUGUUGGUGCCUUGGGUUUCUACUGGUUGUUCAGGGUGCCGAGGGGAAGUGGUGUUAAGAGGGCUUAA